ACCACUAAGUUGUUACUAUGCAGUUGUAGUAACUACUGGGAUUUUUUUCCCACCUUUUACCAUUUUUGAAUGGUAAAUACCACUGGUAAAAGGUGGGAAAAAUUCCUAGUAGUUGCCACCGGCAACAACUUUGUGGUAACUAGUGAUAACCUUACAGUCUUUAAAUUGAAGCGCCAUUUACAUCAACACUUCCCGAUGUCGGGCUUGAUAAUCGUUUUCAUAAAACUAUCACUAUCUAUAUCUAAUAGGUAUGUUCGAUGUUUACAUGAUAUCGUAUCGCCUUUAUUUUUCGUUGGGUAAUAUAUUUGCAAACCAUUAUGCUGAUUACUCGAUUAGUGUCAAUGUCUUGUAUACCUACAGUUUUAUAAAUAGCCGGCUAUGUGCUUCUCAACGAGUGUGGUCAUUAUAAUUUCUAGUUUCUGAGUGCGUAGACUUGUUGUUGUACAGUAUUUCUGGUACAAAUAAGAAAAUAACAUGGUUUGCCUGGAACAUCCCUGUCCUUUAUACAGCCAGGGUUCUGCGGGUACCGUGUUUGGAAAUCUGAUCACCCAACUCCUGGCUGCACAAUGCCUACUUACCGGGGAUUGGCCGAAGGAUCAUUUCGACAGAGUUUAUGAUGGCACCAGUUUCGACUUCAUCAUUGUGGGCUCGGGAACUGCAGGGUCGUUGCUUGCGAAUCGUCUGACGCAGGUGAAGCACUGGAAGGUGCUCCUCAUUGAAGCAGGCGACGACCCACCUUUAGAAAGCGUGAUUCCCAAUUUUUCCGGUGCGACACACAGGGGUCCACAUGCAUGGCAAUACUAUACAGAGGUAGACGAGACGACUAACAGGGGAUGCAUCGAUGGCCGUUCGUUCUGGCCCCGCGGCAGACUCCUAGGCGGCACUGGCUCUAUCAACGGUCUCCUACAUAUGAGAGGUAGCCCUGGAGAUUACCAACUUUGGAACAACGACUGGGAUUGGCCGACGAUUAAAGAAUAUUUCAAAAAAAGCGAAAAUGUUAUCGACCCAUUUAUAUUAAAUAACCCCGAAUUAAGAAAAGAUCACGGCACCAAUGGAGAGUUUAUUGUCGAUCAGUUAAAUUUCACCCAUACUGGUGUAGCUGAAAUAUUAACGCAGGGCUAUCAAGAAAUGGGUUUGAAAUUUUUGGACGACUUGAAUGGAGACAGUCAAAUGGGAGUGGGAAAAAUUAGAGGAAGCAACUACAAAGGUAAAAGAGUGAGCACUGCGACUGCUUUUCUAAACCCCAUAAGAGAAAGAGACAAUUUAUUCCUUUUGAAAAAAACUUUUGCAUUCAAAAUUAUUAUGCAAGACAAAACAGCUAUAGGAGUUAAAGUUACUCUAAGUAACGGCAGUAAAGCAUCAUUUUUUGCAAAUAAGGAAGUUAUAUUAAGUGCUGGUGCUGUGAACACGCCAGUUCUUUUAAUGCUGUCAGGCAUUGGACCAAAGGCACAUUUGGAAGAAUUAGGAAUUUCACUUGUAGCAGAUUUGCCAGUUGGAGAAAAUCUUCAAGAUCAUGUGAGAAUACCUGUACCUGUAACUAUUGAUACUGGAGCCAGGAAAAGGGAUGAUACAUUUUGGCUCAAAGCUGCAGCUCAAUACCUGCUAGACCAGACUGGUCCAUAUUCUACCAACUACGACCAACCGAAUAUCAAUGCCUUCUUGUCGGUCCCCGGUAAUAAACUUUUGCCUGAUGUACAAAUUGACCAUAAUUACUUCCUUCCAAAUACCUCUUACGUAUAUACCAUGUGUACAAACGCUUUGUCGUUUCAAAAUGAGAUUUGCAAACAGUUUUCCGAGUUCAAUGCUGAGAAAGAGAUGAUAAUUUUCUUCAUAUCCUUAUGCAGACCUCAUUCGAAAGGUAGAAUAAUGUUACGAAGUACAAACCCUGGUGACUUUCCGAAAAUCUACUCAAAAUAUUUCAGCGAUGAACGUGAUAUAAAGAUUUUUGUGUCAAAUCUUAAAAGAGUACUGGAGAUCCUAAACACACAAAUUUUCAGAAAAUUCAACGCCGUGUUACAAAGGGUCUAUUUUAAGGAUUGUGAUGAAACUGUAUUUGAAAGCGAUGAAUAUUGGGAAUGUAUGGCUAGAACUUUAACGUACAAUGUAUAUCAUCCAGUGGGAACUACAAAGAUGGGUGAAGCUGGUGAUCCUACUGCUGUGGUCGAUAGUAAACUUAGAAUACUUGGUUUGAAGGGAAUUCGAGUGGUCGAUGCGAGCAUCAUGCCAACUAUACCUAGUGUUAAUACAAACGCUCCUACAAUGAUGAUUGCGGAGCGGGCUGCUGAUUUAAUUAACGAUCAAUAUGCAAGAAAAGAAAAAACUGAGUUAUAAAUGCAGUGGUGGGUUUUGUAGGUAUUUGUGGAGCGGAAUUUUUCAGUAUCUCUGUUAAAUUAAAAGUCAGUUAUCUACGCAUGUUUAUACAUUAAGAGUCUAAAUGAUUUUAGACGAAAAUAAAUCUCUGCGUGAGAGUUUUUUUACAUUAUAUGUAUCUCAUGCAAUUUAUUUGUAACUAUUUCAGAAGCGCCAACUGCAAUUCUGAACCAGAAUUUUCAACGGCCUAUAGACCAGAUUUACACAUCGAUUAGUGUUAAGCGCGAGUUCAUGCAUUUGCUACUAAACGCAAGUAUGUUCACAUCUGCUGUAUAAACUCUAAUCAAUAUGAAAAUGGGCCAUAUAUGUAUAAAGCAAUGGCAUUAUACACCUAACUAUGGAUAGGUUUUACUCAUACAUAAAGAGCACAAAAAAUACUUCUAUAUUUAUUUCUAUAUCUUCGUAGAAAUCUGUUAUUUUUGAUUAAAUUUCGCAUUCCAUUCAUGUUUGUCAGACUCGUUGUUAAACUUGAGCUUGUCUCUUUCGGUGAGCGGGAGCUCGCACAUGGACAUCUUUCGCCUGCCUACAUGCGACUAUUGGCAACUUGUACAAUUUGUCACAAGGUGAGCGCUUCAAUUUUGGAACGUCUAACCUAUCUUGAGUUAAAGAAGCAGAGUAGGCGACGACACACAUUUUAUUUCAUUUCAUUUAAUCCAUUGUUUUAUCAUGUUCAUCAGUACAUAAAGAUCUUAUUUUUAGACUUAGUAGGUACAUGAUACCCUGUUAGGGCAUACAAUAUGGGACAUGUUACUUAAUCCUAAAUAAAAAUUACAAUAAUAAAAUUAUCAUGCAACACUUGGUUUAAACUAAAUUUAAACAUGAGAGCAAUUACUAAGUUAGUUUAUAAUUAUAACAAGUCGUGCAUGUCAACAUAAUUACGAAUAUGCCAAUGUUUUACAUUAGAGAAAAUAUGUAGAUAAAUUCAAUUCAUUCUCAGUAAAUAUAAAAUUAAAUGUUUUAUGUCAUGUUCGCUAAAGAUUGAUCCUUAAAAAAAUCGUCUAUGGUAUAAUAACAUUUCUCAAUAAGUAUCCUCCUUAAUUUAUUUUUAAAUAACUUAAUGUCGCUGAAUUGUUUAACAGUAUCGGGAAUUUUUUGCAUUAUUUGGACACAUCGAUAGAAGGGACCAUUUUUAAUCAUGACAAACUUGCUAGGCGGUAAGAUAAUUUGAUUUUUCCGUCUACUCUCGGGUUUGAAUACUUCCGUUCCGUUAAAUAAGUGGGGGUGGCUCCUGACAAAUACUGCUGCCUCCAUAAUAUACAUAGAGGGUAGUGUUAAUAUUUUAAGGUCUCUAAAAUGUUGUUGACAACUAUUUGGAAUACGUGUAUUGGUUAGAAUGCGAACACACUUUACCACUUUGGAAGUGUCUCUCGCGCAAACUAUUCAGUUGAGAUAACGAUAUUAGAAACCUCAAUAUCAUUUUUGAAGACCUAUGCAUAGAUACCCACACGUAUGGAUUUGAUAAAAAAAAAAAAUGUUUGACUUUCAGUUUUAAGUAUGGGGAACCCCCAAAAUUUAAUUUUGUCAUUCUAUUUUUGUGUGAAAAUCUUAAUGCGGUUCACAGAAUACAUCUACUUACCAAGUCUCAACGGUAUAGUUCUUAGAGUUUCGGAAAAAUGUGGCUGUGACAUACGGACGGACAGACAGACAGACAUGACGAAUCCAUCAGGGUUCCGUUUUUUGCCAUUUGGCUACGAGUGAAAUGGUAAAAAGGUAUUUUAUUUGAAUAAAAGUAUUUUGAAAAUAUCUAUUUUGGAUGUUUAUUUAUUAAUUAAUAAUAAAUAUUCAUAAUACACUUUGAAACUAAACCUAUCUUAACCUAUGGGGUCUAAAUUAUAUGUACAGAUAUUUCCUAUGCCGCUGCCAUUUGGUAAUGUGCCCAUAAGACUUUAUUGAAUUUUAAAUAGCUUUUUGUGAAACUAUUUUAUAUUUUUACCUAUUUGAAAUAGGUAAAAUAUAAAAGUAUUUUCCUACUCGUCGACUGUAAUGGUUGAAUUAAGAUUUCUUAUACCAAACUAUAAUUGCGUACUUUUCAUCUAUGGUCUCCCAACUCAAUUAUAAGAUUCAUUUCGAUACGCUGUAGUCAACUGUAAAAAAAUUACCAAUCACGGGGUGCGGCGCGCGGGGCGGGAGUCGCGCGUUUAUGUCUACAUUUUUAUCUACUGAGAUAUUUACUAAUUUUCAUUGAUUAUUUAGAUUUUAUAGUAAAAAAAAUAUUAUUUUAGAUGACUCGUAGAAGAAGUAUUGUAUACUAUUGUAUCAUACAAUAAUGAUAUAAUCAAGUUUUUCGAUUUUGUACCUUACUUAGGCAACUCAGCAUGCUUCGUUGCCGCAACACAGUACUCGACUGAAAAGCUCUCUAUUAUAUCACGAUUGUAUAAAAUAAUAUUAUAUUUUUAUUUAAAUACAUUGCACUGCCUAUUUUUUUUACAUCUCUGUAAAGCAGAGACGCUUUCCAUACAGAUUUUCGUACAUUGGCCCACCUGUUGUUAUCUAUAGGUAUUGCACGCGCAAAACUAUAUUGCUGUCACGUUCGCACAGUGACAUUGACUUGAUGUAUACUUCACAAUUAUGGAAGGUAGAGGCAAGGAACAAAAUCUCCAUAUACCAAAAAGUGUCCGACAAAAGACCAUAAAUAGGUGGCGCUACAAUACCUAGAAUACUUGGGAAUAAAAUCUAAUCAUAGACAGCGCACUUCACUCCGUCAAUAACGCCUAGGUUCUUAGCUACUCUAGCGCUAAUCUGGAGAGAUUUGGAACUAUUAUUUAUAGUCGACAGCUGGACACUUUUGCAACAAUUCUGCCUAAGGAGUUUAUGUUCCUUGCCUCUACCUUCCAUAUUCACAAUUUUAUCUGUUUGUCAAAAGCUUAUUUUUUUUAGAUUAUGGCCUGAGGGCCUACCGCGAAAAACGAUAUGCGCAAUUUCAUUAUCUUUAUAUUCUUUAUAUGUAGAGAGGCAUCUCUGCCACUAUAAUAUGCAAGAGCGAAGGGAAUAAAGUGAAUAACAACAUGGGGUGCGGGGUUGCCAUGUCAAAAAAGUAGUUUUAUCUCAGCAAAAUAGACGCGUUAUUGCAUUAUAGUAUAAAUGACUGUUCCCUGAUAUUGGCGUUCCCCAAACUUAUAAAUAAUAGGUACACUAUUUUCUUUCCUUUAAAAACGUGAGACGGCUUUCGAAGUGUCCAAGAAUAUUUUUUUUUACUUUUUGGGAGAUCAUGGACAAAGAUACUUCUACCAUGUUCUACUUAUAAUAUCGAUGUUAAUUGAUGGUUUGACUACAUUUAUUAUACGAGUACAGUCUCCUAUUGCUCUUGGUAGAUAUACGACGGGUGGAUUACGAGUAUUCCCGGCAAAAAAAUUAAGUACUUAGACGGUUCCAUAGUGCACAACUGCACAUAGAGUAGUUUUCACUGAAAGAACUCUGAGAGAACCAGAGAGAACUUAAAUCAUUUAAAAACCUAAUCUACGUAUCAAAGAGGCCAAAAGAAUAAAACCUAUUUGCUAAAUAAUGUCUAUAUCCUCAUAUCAAUCAAUAUUUGGCAAUGUCAUCCUAAUGUUUCAAAAGAGAUGUUUAUUUAUUACUUGCUUUUCCUUAAUUAUAUGUCCAGAGAAUCA